AUGGCUUCUGCAGGUGAUGGUCACCUUGCUAUCCUCGCUGGUAUUUCUCUUUCCCUUGCCGCCAUCACGGCACUUAAACGGUUCAUCAAGAAGCAACAUAAUAACCCUUCUCUUCCUCCUGGACCAGUGCCGCUCCCACUGUUAGGGAACGUCUUAUCUGUUGACGCUCAAGAGCCUUGGUUGACUUAUACGAAAUGGGGUGCUGCGUAUGGGGACUUGGUCUUCGUGCGAAUUCUUGGCCAGGAACUGGUCGUGGUCAAUUCCGAGCAUAUUGCAGAAGCCUUAUUGGACAAGCGUUCUCGGAUUUACUCCGAUCGACCAUACCUAGCCACACUCGAGCCAUAUGGCUUGUCGGUCAACUUUGCAUUCAUAGGUUAUGGGGAUGAAUGGCGUCUCUGCCGACGACUCUUCCACCAAACUUUCCGCCCUGAGUCUGCAGUAAAAUUUCGUCCAAUGCAGAUCAGGCGGGCUCGUGAGAUAGUCGUCAACCUAGUCGAUGAGCCUCAACGUUAUCAUGACCACUUCGCAACAUUCUCGUUAUCUGUUGUGAUGUCAGCUGUAUAUGGCUACGAUAUCAGCGCUCGUGAUGAUCCUCUGGUGCAGAUUGUGGUAAAGGCACUGAAUCCGGGCACGGCCGUGUUAACCCCAGAGAGAGCGUUGAUACUUAAGACCUUCCCCUUCUUACUAAGGUUACCUGACUGGUGCUGGGGAUCCUCGAUCAAGCGUAGUGCUCGAGCUUCGACCGAGCGCGUGAAUGAAAUGGCCGACUUGCCAUUUCAAUAUGUGCAGCAGCACAUGACCGACAGCUCGUUCCUCGCUCAAUCUUCAAUGGUUGCAGAAAAUUUGCGACGGAUGGAGACGCAAGAGGAGGCAUCCAAACCUGCAUUCGAGAAUGCCUUGAAGAAAGCAGCCACUAGUGCUAUUUCGGGACAAGCAUCACUACCCUACAUUGAUGCAGUUGUGCGAGAGACUUUCCGAUGGCAGCCCGUUUCACCUCUUGGCGUAUCACACGCUACUUCGAGUGAUGACGUAUAUGAAGGCUAUUUCAUUCCAAAAGGCGCAAUCAUCACGCACAACACAUGGGGCAUUACACGGAAUGAAAAGCGGUACCCAGACGCAUCUCGUUUUAUACCAGAGAGGUUCAUCGAUGUUAAUGGCGCGUUGACAGAUGAUGACCCCGCACAAUACCUUUUCGGCUUUGGUCGGCGUGUAUGUCCAGGGCGAUAUACCGCUGAUGCCUCCGCGUGGUCUGCCAUUGUGACUAUGUUGGCCGCAUUGGAUAUUUCUUCUGCCAAAGAUGACCAGGGCAAAGUGAUCAGUUUUACUCCCACGUUCAUCACGGGACUGGUUCGGUACUCGACUUCCUCGUCUUUCGUCUUGUCACUAACACUUUUGUCAUUUUAG